AUGCAUGAUAUCUUGGAAGGAGGAAUGGGCGUCGUCAUGCAGAGUGUCCCGCAUGGUCUAGUAGAAGAUGGCAUGCUUCAAAAGUCCGAUAUGGACAAGGUGAAUAGCUUCAGUUAUGGAUUUCACGACAAGAAGGCUGCCCCUGUUGCACCCAAAGAGAAGUUUCUGCAAGGAAAAGCGAACCUGCGUGGCACAGCAAGCCAAAAGUGGUGCUUAUUCAAGCUCCUCCCGCAGAUGUUUGGAGAUACUGUGCCUUCCGAUAACCCACAUUGGUUAGUCUACGUGGCCUACAGACAUUGCAUCGACAUUAUCCUAGCAGAGAGGACUCCAAGAGACUGCAUUUCCUAUCUCCAGAUCAAGAUCCAAGAGUUUUUGGAAGCAUGCACAUUGCUGUACCCAUCUGCACCAGUGAUAGCAAAGUUGCACUACUUGCUCCAUUACCCAGGCUUCAUACAGAGGUUUGGCCCACCACGUAGGUACUGGGGAAUGCGCUUCGAGGCUAAAUAUGCCUACUUCAAGACUAUUGCUUCAAAUGUGCGAAUCUUUCGCAACAUCUGCCGAACACUAAGCACACGCUAUCAGCUGUUGCAAGCCUACGAGCUCUCGGGAAAGCUUUUCGAAGGAUGCAUUGAAACGACUGGCUCUGUUGUGGUGAAGUUAACCAGCCUUUCACAAGAAGAGCAAGCCGUUGUCUGCGUCAUCACACCAGAAGCUACCCUUUUCUCUGUGAAGACUGCCAGAGCAAACAGUCGUACAUACCGACUGGGAGAUGUGAUCAUCUUCAAUAUGCAGAACGACACACCAAUCUUCCUCCAAGUCGAAAUGCUGCUGGUGGUUUGCGGAUUAUUGAUCCUCCUUUGCCGACGUCUGAAAACUGUGUGCUACAGCAAUCACAGGUGCUCGUACAUUGUGGAAAAAUGCAACGACAUUGCGGCAGUGACACCAGGCAACGAGUUCGACUUGUGCUCACUUGACCUGUACAACUCUGGCACAAUUUACGAAGUUGUGCCUCACUUCGCAAUAUUGCAAGCUUAA